AUGCUUCCACUCCAUAGACUGCCGUUUGGACUCAGGCUCAUAGGGCCAAUCCCAUAUCACGUCACAUGUGACCACCUUCUUCAGAAAAUCAUCACCAUCCUUCUCAUAGCGGGAGAGACACUGCUGGGACAACUCGACCCUCCUUCUCUUUGUGCUCUGCAAAUUGUCCACAUUCCUUUUAUUAUUAUUCUCCACCGAUUUCUUCUUCUUCUUCUUCUUCUUCUUCUUAAUCACCUUCUUCCAUAUUUGUACUCAUUCCUUUUAUUCUUCUUAUUCACUUUCUUCGAUUUCUUCAUCUUCUUAAUCACCUUCUUUCAGAAUUGUACUCAUUCCUUUUAUUCUACUUAUUCACCUUCUUCGAUUUGUAAUCAUUCUCCUUCUUCUUCUUCUUCUUCUUCUUCUUCUUCUUCUUCUUCUUCUUCUUCUUCUAGAUUUACAAUCAUUGCUGUUUGCACUUCUUCACCAUUUUCGAAAUGUGUACUUAUUCCUUUUCGUUUUCUUCUUCUACUUCGCCUUCUAUUCCUUUUUCUUCUAUUUUUACUCGUUCCUCUUUUUCGUUUUCUCCGAGAUUUGUACUCAUUCCUCUUCUUUAUCUUUUUCUUCGAAAUUUGGACUCAUUCUUCGUCUUCAUCAUCUUCUUCUUCUUCUUCAAGGUUUGUACUCAUUCCCCCGCUUCUUCUUCUUAUUCAAGAUUUGUACUCGUUCCUCCUCUUCUUUUUCUUUGAGAUUUGUACAUAUUCCUCUUCUUUUCCGAGAUUUGUACUCAUUCCUCCUCUUCUUCGAAAUGUGCAACCAUUCUUCUUCUUCUUCUUUUUUUUUUCUUCUUCUUCUUCUUCUUCUUCUUCUUCUUCUUCAGUGAUAGUUGUGCUUAUUCGCCGCCCUUUUCAUUUGUUUUUAUUCCCUCUCUUCUUCUUCCUUCAGAUUUCUACGCGUUCCUCUUCUUUUUCUUCUUUGAGAUUUCUAUCCCAUUUCGCUUAUUUUUUUCUAUCCAUUCUCCUUUUUCUUUUUGUUCGUCUUUUAUUUUAUACUCAUUCUUCUGCCUCUUCUUCUUGA